AUGACAAUCACAUUUCUAUUCGACCACAAUCUUUGUGUCACUGUUCACAAGUCAGUGUUUUUUACCUUCGAAGGGCGCACUCUUCUAGAAUCUUUGCCGAUAUCGCGCCCCACAACCUCAGGGGAUCGGCUGGUCGGAUCAGGAAAGUCGUUGCUUACCGUUUUGAGUAAUGCUAUUUGCUAG